AACUUCUCACGGGGAAGCUUCACAUUCAUCAGUUGAGAUUCUGUCCCCGAAACGCGUACCUCGUCGUGAUGUCUAAAUUGUUUCAAACUUUCGUGUGCUUGCACGCUGCCCAGUUUCUGGUAGCAGCCCCCACCGAGCAUCCGCUGGUACCUUCGCUGGCCGGGCUGCUCCAGGUGGGUCUCAAGGUGCACGAAAUGGCCGAACAGGCCCACAUGAGCGUGCGAAAAGUGUUGGGCCAGGGCCAAGGCUCGAACCGGGACGUGAUCCGUGCGAUCAAAGGCAACACAGACGAGCUGGUGGAGAAGCUAAAGGUGAUUCAGGGCACGAUUAAGGAGCAGGCCACGGCGCAGGGCGAACCGGUGCUGCGCAGUCUGACGGAUAAGUUGGUGCAAACGGCGGACGCCCUGAGCAGUGAGGAUCCGGAGACGGCGGGGAAGGCGCGGGAGUAUCUGGAGAGUGUGCAGGCUGGUGUUUUUUCGUUGCUUGCGGCGGCGAUGAAGGUGGGCGAUCGGGUGGACCAGGAGAAGGAUUCUGCCGCGGAGGAAAUUAAGGACGGGUUGACGAAGCUGUACCUGGUGACGAACGAUACGCUGCGGAAGACCAGCGAGGCACUGGGACCGAAGGAGUAGUGGGUUGGUUGGUUGGUUGGGCAGCCAUGCGACUCCAUGGAGGAGAUGCGUAGUUGAUUGUUUUUUAGUAGUACGUAAUACUUGAUCUGAAGGGCUGAAUAAACAAAGGGAAUCCCUAAACGGAAUUCA